AUGGAAUUAGCAAGCAUCAUGCGGUUCCUGAAGAAUCUGCAGACACAACAAAUGCUACAACAGCAGCAACGUCAGUCCAUGUCACCGUAUGGAUCCGCUAAUAUGCAGCAAUCCCCCAUGUCGGCUCAAUCAUCACCUCAACUGCAGCAGCAACAACAACAACAGCACCAACAACCACCAUUACCCACACAGCAACAACCGACCCCGCCGUCACAACAACAAACACAGCCUUCAUUACAACCAUCUCAUGCUACUCCACCUCAAUCCGUUCAGCAACAAGCCUACACGCCCACACAGCAGCGACCGCCACAGCCCAUGUCACAGCCGCAUCCAAUGCAGCCGACGCAGAUGUCUCCCGCUGUCGAAGCUUCAAAUACAGGCUAUCCAGGGUCAGAAGCGGCAUCUGUCUUCACACAGAACCAGCUUUCUGCAUUGAAAUAUCAAAUUUACGCCUACAAGCUGAUAUCAAAGAAUAUGCCCAUCCCGCCCAAUAUACAACAAGCCGUAUUUUCACCGGCCGCAUCGGAAGGACAAGGGGUGAAAAUAGCAUCACCCACCGUAAAUCCACCUUUCCAAGGUAACACACCGGUGCUUGCAAGUACGGCACCCAAUGGCGUGUCGCCUGCCAAUUCCGUGCCGGUACCUGCCCCUGAGAAAUUGGUGACGCCACAGGCCGCAUCCAUCUCUCCACAACUGAGAGAACCGGAAUUCAAUGCUUAUGCGUCACCUUAUCAUUUGUUGAAGAAACCGAUUUCGUCUUAUGCCCACGCUUCUCGACAGCAGCGAUUACUGAUACCUAGCAUUACCCCAUGUGGUAUCGAUGUUCAACUGGUCAUGAAGGAACGUGAACGCCGUAUUCAAGCAAGGAUUCACCAUCGCAUCGAUCAAUUGGAAAAGGUAGCAGGAACAGAGGCGUUGGAAAAGCGCAUGGCCGAUCUCGAGAAAGAUAUUCAAUCAAAGGGUACAAAGCCGGGUUUGCGGAUCAAGGCUGUCAUUGAACUCAAAGCGCUUAAACUUUUGGAGAAACAACGCAAGCUACGCGAAGAAUUUACAAACGGUGUAACAAAAGCUACGGUUUUGGCGACCACCGUGGAUCGCAUGGCUUACCGUCACAUGAAGAAGCAAAGUUUGCAUGAGGCACGUUUGACAGAGAAAAUUGAACGUCAGCAACGUAUCGAUCGCGAACAGUUUGAAAAACAAAAACAUUUGGAUUAUUUGCAAACGAUCUGUGACCAUGGACGCGACCUGUUGGCAACGCAGCGUUUAUGGGAGGCGAAGCAAUCCAAAUUGGGACGGGCUGUUGUUCAAUUCCAUCAGCACAUUGAAAAAGAAGAGCAAAAGAAGGCAGAACGCAUUUCCAAGGAACGUAUCCUUGCGCUGAAGAACGACGAUGAAGAAGCUUACAUGAAAUUGAUCGAUGAAGCCAAGGAUACACGUUUGACCCAACUGUUGAAACAAACCGGCUCCUUUUUGGAAUCGCUUACAAAAGCGGUCUUGGAUCAACAAAAUGAUUCUAUGUAUCAAGGCCAAGGCACUGGUAUCGACGAAGUAUCAUCUCCAACGGAUGAAUCCGACACCAAGGUAGAUUACUUCCAAGUGACACAUCGUGUCAAAGAAGAAGUGCAGCAGCCGAAUAUGCUGGUGGGUGGUCGUUUGAAGGAUUACCAGUUGAAGGGUCUUCAAUGGAUGGUGUCAUUGUAUAACAAUCAUCUGAAUGGUAUUUUGGCCGAUGAAAUGGGUCUGGGUAAAACCAUUCAAACCCUCAGCUUGAUCACUUAUCUGAUCGAGAAGAAGCGUCAGAAUGGUCCUUUUCUCAUUAUCGUACCUUUGUCCACAAUUACCAACUGGAAUAUGGAAUUCGACAAAUGGGCACCGUCCGUCUCAAAAAUUGUUUAUAAGGGUCCACCUGCGGUGCGCCGAUCGCUGCAACAGGAAAUCAGACAUGGUGAUUUCCAGGUGCUGCUAACGACCUUUGAAUAUAUCAUCAAGGAUCGCCCGCUGCUGAGUAAAGUCAAAUGGCUGCACAUGAUUGUGGAUGAAGGUCAUCGUAUGAAGAAUGUCAAUUCCAAACUUACUCUCGCCUUGCGUCAAUACUAUCAUUCUCGAUACCGCCUUAUUUUGACCGGUACCCCAUUACAGAAUAACCUUCCUGAACUGUGGGCACUACUCAAUUUCAUUUUACCCAAAAUUUUCAAGAGUGUCAAGAGCUUUGAAGAAUGGUUCAAUACCCCGUUCUCUAACCAAGGCGUGCAGGAUAAAAUCGAUCUCAACGAAGAAGAACAGCUGCUGAUUAUUAAGCGUCUUCACAAAGUGCUGCGUCCAUUCUUACUGCGCCGUCUGAAAAAGGAUGUGGAAGCGGAACUUCCGGACAAGGUGGAACGGGUGAUUAAAUGCAAGUUAUCAGCUUUGCAAGUCAAACUUUACGCUCAAAUGAAGAAGAGUGGCAAUCUUUACACCGGUCUCAAUGAGAAAGGACGUACAGGCAUCAAGGGUCUUAACAAUACACUGAUGCAACUCCGAAAGAUUUGCAACCAUCCCUUUGUAUUUGAGCAAGUGGAAAACUCGAUCAAUCCCAACCGUACGUCCAAUGAAUUGCUUUACCGAGUGGCGGGCAAAUUUGAACUGCUGGAUCGUAUGCUUCCCAAACUGCGUCAAACCGGGCAUCGCGUCUUGAUCUUUUUCCAGAUGACCCAAAUCAUGAGCAUCAUGGAAGAUUUUCUGAAUUAUCGAGGUUUCACUUACCUUCGUUUGGACGGUUCUACCAAGGCCGAUGAUCGUUCGCAACUGCUUCAGGUUUUCAACGCUCCCGAUUCACCCUACUUUUUAUUCUUGUUGAGCACCCGCGCCGGUGGUUUAGGUCUCAAUUUGCAAACAGCUGAUACUGUCAUUAUCUUUGAUUCUGAUUGGAAUCCUCAUCAGGAUCUCCAAGCGCAGGAUCGAGCUCAUCGUAUCGGUCAAACCAAAGAAGUGCGCAUUUUCCGAUUAAUCUCGGCCAAUUCGAUUGAAGAAAAUAUCCUGGCCAAGGCCAACUAUAAAUUGGAUAUCGAUGGCAAAGUUAUUCAGGCUGGUAAAUUCGAUAAUCGAAGUACGGAUGAAGACAGAGAAGCAUUCCUGCGUUCGCUGCUGGAAGACAAAAAUGAUGAGGAUAAUGACGUGGACGCGGAAGAAGAGAUGGAUGAUGAAGAGUUGAACGAAAUGCUGAAACGAUCAGAUGAGGAAUUGACCAUUUUCCGAAAGAUUGAUGCGGAACGCCAUCGAAAUGAACUGGAUCAAUAUCGUCGCAUGGGCGGUCGUGGCAAGAAGCCCGAGCGUCUGAUACAAGAAGAUGAACUUCCAGAAGUAUAUCUUUUAAAGGAAGAACCUGUACCUGAAAUCAAACCCAUAUUGGAUUUCGGUCGCGGACGACGGGCCAAGGACGAUGUGCGUUAUGACGACGGUUUGACCGAAGAACAGUGGUUGAAUGCCUUGGAGAAUGAAGACGACAUUGACGAAUUAAUCGAAAAGAACGAACAACGACGGAAACGUCUGAUGGAAGCGCAGGAGACUGGAGACAAGGUCGUCAGUGAUACCGGAAGCAGACGUGGACGACGACAGCGAGAAGAAAAUAUCGUUGCUUACGAUGAACCAUACCCUUCAAAGAAGCGAGGACGACCAAAGAAAGAAGAAGAUCCGGCCAAGCGCAAACGAUCAAAGAAAACGGAAAGUGAUCCUGUACCUCCAGAAAUUCGAAGACAGAUGACCAGUGUAUUCGAACAAUGUUACAAAGCAGUGGAAGAGUCCACCGAAGAGGACGAACACACCUAUCGACAACGCGCUCAAUUGUUUAUGGAUCUUGUGAGCAAACGCGAUUACCCCAUGUAUUAUAUGAUGAUCAAGCAACCUAUUGCUAUGAAAAUGAUCAAGAAGCGUAUUCAUUCGUCGCACUAUAAAACGAUUGCUCAGUUCCGAGAUGAUUUCCAUCUGAUGUUUGAUAAUGCCAGAACUUUCAACGAAGAAGGAUCGAUCGUGUAUCAAGACGCCGAUGAAAUGCAGAAAAUCUUUGAUGAAACACUAAAUCGUUUAUGCCCGGGUGGCAUGUUACCGCCUUUGCAUAAUUAUAGCAACGGAAUGGCCAUGCAACCUCCGAUGCCGGGGAAGCGGCCUUUUGCCGGUUAUCAAGCCAUGCCGCCAGCACAACAGCCAACGUGGAACAACGCGCCUACACCAAGGAAAAAGCAAGCUUAUUACGAAGAUGAUGAUGAAGAGGAGGAAGACGAUUAUGAAGAUGAUGAGUACGGUGAAUAA